UCCCUCCCGCAUCCCGAUUCACCCACUCAACCUGGCAAUCUGUUUUCGAAUGUUUUCGAUUCAAGAAUUGAAAUUUGUUGGAGGAUUACAGGUCUAUUAACUGAGAGUCAAUUCAGUGAUUUUUCUUUCCGCAAUAUUUUUAUUUCAAUUUUUCAAAAGGGGUUCGAUUAGUCGAAUCGAACAAUAUUUUCGAUUGUAUCUAUCUGGUCGCAUCUCAUGGUCGCAUCAAUGUUUUGAUCUGUCAUCUGUGCAUUUGUUGUGAUUUUUAAAAUACGAAACCCUUUCGAUUAUUCGUCACUUCAGAGUGAAAUGAAUCAAAAUAACUAAUUUCCUUGAUAUUGAACUAUAUAAUUUUGGGUUUGGAGACUCCAAUUGAGAUCAAGUAUUGUCGGUGGUUUUAAUGUAACCUCCACAACAAUGUCAGGGAAAACACUCUGUCGUCUAUGUGGGAGAAACGCCAAAGAGUAUGUCAACAUGUUCAGUGAUGAAGGAUUAAAACGAAAAUUGGGGAUUAAAACUGCCACUUGUUUACAGAUUCCUGUGUCGGUUUGUGAUGUUUUACCAACAAUAAUCUGCCACCGCUGCUGCGCCAGAUUAGACGACUCCUAUGACUUGUUCGAGAGAGCAUCGAAGGUCCAAGUAUUCUUGGAGAGCAUUUAUCACCCCAUAAGUGAGCUGCAGAUAAAAGAAGAUCCAGACUCGCCGAACCCAGAGAAAUUGGAGGAACUGUCACGGACAAAAUUAUCGAAAAAAGAUGGAAAGAGGAAAAAGGAUGUACCGUCCAAGCCCAGAAUCUCAGAAGCUUUUCAAGGCUACCCCUGGACUUGUGUUCUCUGCAGCUCCGGAGUCCUUGACUCACUUCAGGAUUUGUGUCAGCACUACACAAAUUCACACAAUCACUUGCCGAUUUUCAAAUGUAUCCACUGUGGAAGACAGUACGAUAGAUAUAGAAGCUUUACGAAACAUUGUAUGCUGCACCAGAGUACUAAAAAAUUUCAAUGUGAACUCUGUGGAAAAACGUUUAAUCAAAAGUCGAUGCUAAAUACUCAUGCGCUUGUACAUACUGAUGAUAGACCAUACCCUUGUGAAAUAUGUAAAAGCUCCUUUAAAACGAGCUAUGCGCUGGGAGUGCAUUCUAAACUCCACCUGCCAAUGGAGAAAAAAUCAAAAUUCGUCUGUGAACCCUGUAAUAGAAGAUUUACAACGAAAAGAGCCCUCGAGUGCCACGAAAAAAUGCACAAUGGAGAAAGAGAUUUUAUGUGUGAUGUCUGUGGAAAGUCAUUUGUAUCUAAAGGAUCUUUGAUCACCCAUUUCGAUAGUCAUUCUAAGGAGAAAAAUUACACGUGUAACAUUUGUGAUCGAGGCUUCAGGACAGAGAGACUUCUCAAUAAACAUUCCCUUUCCCAUACAUCAGUAAAACCGUAUGAAUGCGAAAUUUGUUUGAAAUCAUUCAGAACGAAAGGCACUUUGACAGCUCACACAAGGAUUCACACCGGAGUGACGCCCUACAAAUGUGAUGUCUGUGAAAAAAGCUUCAGAUACUUGCCUGUUUUAAUAGUCCACAAACGUCAACACACUGGAGAGAAGCCCUACACCUGUUUGAAUUGCAAGAAGAACUUUACGAACUCAGGAAAUUACAAUAAACAUAUGAAAAGAAUUCACAACCGUCUCUCGAUUCCUGAAAGCUCAAAAGACGACGAAUUAGAAACUAUAAUCGAAGAACAUGAAUUGAUGGAUAUGAAGGAAAUACAAUCAGAUGUUCUAAUAACGUGAAAGUUAUUGGUUUUUGGUAACGCAGAUUUUUCAACAAUGAGAUGUCAAAACAAACUUUGGAUAUGAAAUUAUUUUGAAAUUUCAUUGUUUCUGUAGUAAAUGCCACGAGAAAAAAAAAUAUUUUC